GAAAAUUGAAAGACAAGUCAUUUUGGUUUUAAUCUCUAAAAUGAUUCUUUUUUACAACCGAUCCCCGGUAAAUUAUAUCCCUAAGCACCCGAAGAAAACUGGUCGUCGAAAAAUUUGACACACAUUCAAAAACUGGGAUGACUUGAGAAUAAAUUGCUAUGAGACUAGAAAUUUUUGUAUACUCACAAAGCUUAAGACAAGAUUAUCAGAGGGAAUCUGCCCUAAAAUAGAUUAUCUUGUUGAUUGCAGGGACUUUUAUUGCCUCUAGUAUAUGUUUAUUGUACCAUUGAAGCAGAGAUGUUAGCUCGCCUAAGCGACGCCAGCCGACCGCCAAACCGAAUUACAAAAGCAGCAGUAACCAGUUGACUAACUAAGUUUGAAAUGUCACUAAUGUCAAUUAACAUAUUUUCGCUUUGCUGUUUUUGCAUCACCAGCGCCGCUAUCUUGCCUUUUGCAGAAAAAUCAAAAUUAUUUGAAAUAAACGUUUUUUUUCUCGAACCCUCCCCCUCUCUAUCUCUCUCGCUCCUCCGUACGCCCACCUGUAAAAAAAAUAUAGAGCCCCUUUAUACUCACUAAUUUAGAUGGAGUGGUUUAAUGAAUGGGGCAUUACCAAAAUUGGGUAAAUCAUACCGGAUGUGCCUCUGUCGUCUAGGAUCUCGGGGUUCCGAUAAACCCGCGGGCGUCCCGCUGAAAUGAUAAUGAAACUGCAUCUUAAAUCCCCACGCAACAAUUCCCUUGUUUCUCUUUAAACCCUGUUGGAUAUUAAUUCCCGGGUGAAUUUUGGGCUGAAUUGACAGUUUGUUUUAUUUUAGUUAACGUCAUUAUACCCUGUCGUUGUUAAAUAUCCCAAAAUCACAAACGUGCCCCUGUUUCUUUUUAGCAGACCGACCUCUUGCUUAAUUAACCUGAUAAUGUAAAUGUCAGACAACUAUCCUUGAAAUUACUUUGUGUUUACGAGUGAUGGCAGUUUUGUUUACCCUAUGUUAUGUCGCUGUUGUUUUGGGCUCCUGUUUUGCGUAUGAUAGUACCUUUUUCGGCGGAGGAUUUUUCCCAUACAUUGAGCGUCAAUUCUUUCAGAGCACACGAUUUCUUCCGCUGAUCCAUACAAAGUUUGGCCCCAUUCAGGGCAGACAGGAUUAUGACCCGAACAACAAGAUGGACCAGGAAUUCUAUGGGGGAAUACCCUACGCCAAAACACCAGUGGGAAUAAAAAGAUUUGAGCGUCCUGAGAGGUGGACGGAGAAAUACGCGGGCGUACUUGACGGAAUCAAUUUCAAGCCCCCCUGUCCGCAGUUCUCCUGGUCCCCCCUCACAGCAUCAUUCGAGGGCAGAGACCAGUACAACCAAUCCAGGGUCCCCACUAGUUCCGACUGUCUGUACUUGAAUAUAUGGAGACCGGCGUUUCCGUCCAGAGGCGACAACCCGAAUAAUCAUUACUUAAGUGUACUGGUGGUGAUCUAUGAGGAGGACUUCUACAUGAACAGACCGGAGGAUCCCCUGAUGAGUGGGAGUGGGCAGUCGUGGAGCAACGACCUCCUUGUAGUCACCGUCGCUUUCAGAUCCGGACUCCUCGGAUACUUCAACGGCAGCAACGUGGCCCUGUAUGAUGUGAAGAUGGCGCUGGAGUGGGUGCACGAGAACAUCCACUCGUUCCGAGGCAACCAGUCCAAGAUCACAGUGGUGGGGGCUGGCACGGGGGCUACGCUGGUGUCACUUCUCGCCAUCAAUCAACGCACCUGGCACAAAAAGCUCAUCAGUAACAUCGUCCUCAUGAGUGGCAAGGGACUGUUCUCUCCUGGCAGUUUCCAGGCACCGUCCGAGAUCAAAUUCUACUCCAAUGUGUCUGCCCAGAUCUACGGGUGUCUGGACCAACCGGACCCUGCAAACCCCCAACUGGAUUCUAUCAACAUGACUUGCAUGGGAGCGUUGACUGAGGAGCAAAUGUUAAACAUGUCUUUGGAGGGGGGAGCUGGCCAGUACCCUUCAGUGAAGGGAUGGUACAGAUAUUACAGCAGAUAUCCCUGGACACCAGUCAUAGACGGGGACAUUGUAAGACCAGAGGUGACAAACUUCCUCCAGUUCAACAACUACGACGAACAACAGCUCAGAUCCAUGUUCUUUGAGUUCCAGGUUCUGGGGAUAAAUGUGAUAGCGGGUGUGAACAGCAACGCCGGGGUGAACGGGCUCGCAUUCACAGGUAUGGUGGACAUUGACGCCGACAGCUACCACACCCCCUACGACUUCAAGAAGUACACAGCCGGAUUGAACAGUGACUUAGGCCAGUGCGGGUUGAGUGCGAUCCUGUUCCAGUACACAGAUUGGACCGAGCCCCCCGACCCAGACAGAAGCAGAAGAGACAGUCUCAUUCGCAUGUGUACAGACAGGUUUAAAAGAUGCCCAAUGGUGAAUUUUGCCAACUUCAUGAUGAAGCAGCCCAAGUAUGCCAUCAAGGAGGAGGGGGGAGAGGAUUUUGGGCGAGUUUGGAUCUACCAAUGGGACCACCCCUAUGGCAAAAUAUUCCCAGAGUGGAUGGGGGCCAUAGAGACAUCCGAUCUGGUGUACAUGAUGACUCACCCGAUGAACACAAAGAGGAAUCCGUCAUUCACUUCGGAGGAAGCCAAACUGUCCCUUGCGUUCUCCUCUUAUAUCGGAAACUUUGCCUGGUACGGAGAUCCGAAUUAUGUCAAAAACGGAUUUUGGGACGGACGAGCUGAGAAGAAGACGCCUUUCUGGGAGGAAGCGACUCUUGAUAAUGGGAAGAAGUUCCUCAACUUCCGGGUGAACCAGCUGGAAACAAGGGAAAACCUGGCCGCUAAAGACUGUGCAUUCUGGCGCAAACUAGUUCCAACCCUUCACGAAGAGUUCCAGCAAGUCAUAGAUGAGAGUGGGAUUUUGAACCUUCCCACCAUGGGUAUCUUCAACUUCGGAAGGGACUUCAACGGACCCAAAAACCAGAGCUACGUCAGAUGCAAGCAAGAGUUCAAAUUCCAAUGAUGACACGACAAAAUAAACAACAACAAAACAAACAAAAAAUGGAUGCACAAAAGCUGCAUCAAAAACAGAAAGUCGACAUUCCAGAAAGCAGAAAUUUGAAGCCGAAAAAAGCUUCAGUUACCCAAUAUACGAAGGAAACGCGCAAAUUGUAGAAAUUAUUAGAUCUGAAUUCAAA